AUGCAUUUGAGUGAAGAUUUCUUGAGAGAUUUUGACGACGAAACUUCAUUUAAUCGAGCAUUGCUCGAAAUCGAACAAAUAUUCAUUGCCCACAAUGUGACAUGUGCAGCGCUUGGGUUGCCAACACCGUUGGCCGUGCAAGAUGUGAAUAAUGUCGACACAUUCGAUCCGUUUGAAGCGCAGUUUUUAUAUGAAGAACUAUACCAAAGUGCUAAUGUUGAACAGCGUAACAUAAUUGACCGUGUCAUUCGUGAAGUAACGCACCGUGACACUGGCUCAAAUGUAUUUUGCCUAACUGCCCACGCAGGUUGUGGAAAAACCUUUACGCAAACCGCUAUAAUUCAUAGAUUGCAUUCACUUAAUCUUCGUUGCAUUGCAACUGCUUUUAGUGGCAUUGCCUCUACUCUGUUGAUUGGUGGUAGGACAUUGCACAAUGCAUUUAAACUACCAAUACCUAUAUUGGAUACUUCAGUGGCCAAUGUCGUUCCAAACAGUGUUCACGGUCGAUACAUAAAUCAUGCCUCACUAAUUCUUAUCGAUGAAAUUUCAAUGUGCCCACUUCAAGUUUUAAAAAUAAUUGAUAGGUUAUUAAGAGAUUUGUGUGAGAGCACAGAGGAUAAAAACAAACUCUUUGCAGGCAAAACAAUACUAUUGUGCGGUGAUUUUAGACAAAUACUUCCAGUCAUUCCACACGGUUCGCGUGCGACGUUAAUUGAAAAUUGUGUUACCAGUUGGGAUGCAUUUGCAUCUUUUCAUAAGGUUACAUUAACACAAAAUAUGAGGGCAUUGCCUGAUGAAAUAGCGUUUGUCGAGUUUUUAAAAAAAAUUGGUAAUGGAGAAGCUACACAGUAUCCACAAUUUGGAGAUAACACAGUUGAAAUUCCGCCAGAAUUAGUUGGUGAAUUGAAAAAUAUCAUUCCUGAGAUUUAUGGUAAUAUUUCUGAAAACAUUCUCUCAGAACGUAUUAUUAGUUCUGUGGUUUUGGCACCAACUAAUGAUGACUGCUCAUUAAUUAAUACUGAUGUGCUUCAGAGAUUACCAGGUGAAGAGAAAGAAUCUAAAUACUUCUCAGGCUUUAGUGAACGGCACAAGAAUGAGAGUUAA